UAAGGCGGCGUGAGGCAGGCAAGGGGGGCAGCGCAGCCGAGCGGAGCCCAGGAGAGCAGAGAGCGAGCCUGAGCGAGAGAAGGGGAAGCACGGAGGAGGAAGCCGCCGGUGCGUCGGGACGGGAGCGCAGGUGCUCGGGCGCCCGAGCUGGAGCUCCGCAGCCGCCGGUCAUGUACCGCUCCACCAAGGGCGCCUCCAAGGCGCGCCGGGACCAGAUCAACGCCGAGAUCCGGAACCUCAAGGAGCUGCUGCCGCUGGCCGAAGCGGACAAGGUCCGGCUGUCCUACCUGCACAUCAUGAGCCUCGCCUGCAUCUACACUCGCAAGGGUGUCUUCUUCGCUGGAGGCACUCCUCUGGCGGGCCCCACAGGGCUUCUCUCAGCUCAAGAACUUGAGGACAUCGUAGCGGCCCUACCCGGCUUUCUGCUUGUGUUCACAGCCGAGGGGAAAUUGCUGUACCUGUCUGAGAGUGUGAGUGAGCAUCUGGGCCACUCCAUGGUGGACCUGGUUGCCCAGGGUGACAGCAUCUACGACAUCAUUGACCCAGCUGACCACCUCACUGUGCGCCAGCAACUCACCCUGCCCUCUGCCCUGGACACUGAUCGCCUCUUCCGCUGCCGCUUCAACACCUCCAAGUCCCUCAGGCGCCAGAGUGCAGGCAACAAACUGGUGCUUAUUCGAGGCCGAUUCCAUGCUCACCCACCUGGGGCCUACUGGGCAGGAAACCCCGUGUUCACAGCUUUCUGUGCCCCAUUGGAGCCAAGACCCCGCCCUGGCCCUGGCCCUGCCUCACUCUUCCUGGCCAUGUUCCAGAGUCGUCAUGCUAAAGACCUGGCCCUACUGGACAUCUCUGAGAGUGUCCUAAUCUACCUGGGCUUUGAGCGCAGUGAACUGCUUUGUAAAUCAUGGUAUGGACUGCUGCACCCCGAGGACCUGGCCCACGCUUCUGCUCAACACUACCGCCUGUUGGCUGAGAGUGGAGAUAUUCAGGCAGAGAUGGUGGUGAGGUUACAGGCCAAGACUGGAGGCUGGGCAUGGAUUUACUGCCUAUUAUACUCAGAAGGUCCAGAGGGCCCCAUUACUGCCAAUAACUACCCAAUCAGUGACAUGGAAGCCUGGAGCCUCCGCCAGCAGUUGAACUCUGAAGACACCCAGGCAGCUUAUGUCCUGGGCACUCCAACCAUGCUGCCCUCAUUCUCUGAAAACAUUCUUUCCCAGGAACAGUGCCCCAGCACUAACCCACUCUUCACCACAGCCCUGGGGGCUCCCAGAAGCACCAGCUUCCCCAGUGCUCCUGAACUGAGUGUUGUCUCUGCAUCAGAAGAGCUUCCCCGACCCUCCAAAGAACUGGACUUCAGUUACCUGACAUUCCCUUCUGGGCCUGAGCCUUCUCUCCAAGCAGAACUGAGCAAGGAUCUUGUGUGCACUCCACCAUACACGCCCCAUCAGCCAGGAGGCUGUGCCUUCCUCUUCAGCCUCCAUGAGCCCUUCCAGACCCACUUGCCCACCCCAUCCAGCACUCUUCAAGAACAGCUGACUCCAAGCACAGCGACCUUCUCUGAUCAGUUGACGCCCAGCAGUGCAACCUUCCCAGAUCCACUAACUAGCCCACUGCAAGGCCAGUUGACUGAAACCUCAGUCAGAAGCUACGAAGACCAGUUGACUCCCUGCACCUCCACCUUCCCAGACCAGCUGCUUCCCAGCACAGCCACCUUCCCAGAGCCUCUGGGCAGCCCUGCCCAUGAACAGCUGACUCCUCCCAGCACAGCAUUCCAAGCACACCUGGACAGCCCCAGCCAAACCUUCCCAGAGCAACUGAGUCCCAAUCCUACUAAGACUUACUUUGCCCAGGAGGGAUGCAGUUUUCUCUAUGAGAAGUUGCCCCCAAGUCCUAGCAGCCCUGGUAAUGGGGACUGCACGCUCUUGGCCCUAGCCCAGCUCCGGGGCCCCCUCUCUGUGGAUGUCCCCCUGGUGCCCGAAGGCCUGCUCACACCUGAGGCCUCUCCAGUCAAGCAGAGUUUCUUCCACUACUCUGAAAAGGAACAGAACGAGAUAGACCGUCUCAUCCAGCAGAUUAGCCAAUUGGCUCAGGGCAUGGACAGACCCUUCUCAGCUGAGGCUGGCACUGGUGGACUAGAGCCACUUGGAGGACUGGAGCCCCUAGACUCCAACCUGUCCCUGUCAGGGGCAGGCCCCCCUGUGCUCAGCCUGGACCUGAAACCCUGGAAAUGCCAGGAGCUGGACUUCCUGGCUGACCCUGAUAACAUGUUCCUGGAAGAGACGCCCGUGGAAGACAUCUUCAUGGAUCUCUCUACCCCAGACCCCAGUGAGGAAUGGGGCUCAGGGGAUCCUGAGGCAGAGGGCCCAGGAGGGGCCCCAUCGCCUUGCAACAACCUGUCCCCAGAAGACCACAGCUUCCUGGAGGACCUGGCCACAUAUGAAACCGCCUUUGAGACAGGUGUCUCAGCAUUCCCCUAUGAUGGGUUUACUGAUGAGUUGCAUCAACUCCAGAGCCAAGUUCAAGACAGCUUCCAUGAAGAUGGAAGUGGAGGGGAACCAACGUUUUGAAUAAGUCUGUGACUUAACGUCGUCAAGUAUGGCAUAUUGUCAUCAAGACGUGGAGCCGCUCUCCACCCCCCCGGGACUGUUGGGGGGAUUCUGGGGGCCAGAGGGGGAUAUAUAUGAUUCCCCAGGCCCUGCAGGAUUUGGGGGGGGGAGGUGGGAGGGCAAGGGAGGGGAGCUUCUUUUUAAAAUCAAGAGACUUCGAGCGAUCCCAGUUUCCAUUUCAAUCUGUAUUCACUCGUAGUGAGUUUCCUUGAAUGGGAUUUCAAGCGGAGAAUGGGGGAGUCUCACUUCCCCGCCGCCUUGCCCCAUUGGCCUGGGCCAGUUCUCCACUCCUAGGGGCCAAGCCACCCCUAGGCCUUGGUGGGGGAAAGGCAAGGCCCACCCGGGCCAGCCCGUGCCCUGAGGGGCUCUUGACACCCACGUAGAAUUCUCUACACACCAGUAACGGGAUUUCAAUUCCGAUGGACUCUGCCGCCCUGGCGGCCCUUCCUGUGACUUUUGCGCCCCGCGCCUGGGGUGGGGGGUGCGAAGAGACGCUACGUUCCUUUCCGAUGGAGGAAGGCAGACCUGCCGUCACACGUGUGCUUGCGCGAGUGCGUGUACCUGGUGCGGGACUCACCCAGCCGCCAGACUGCCUGGGCCUGCCCAGAUGGCCACCUCGUGGUGCUGCGGUGACUUUGUAGCCAACUUUAUAAUAAAGUCCAGUUUGCCUUUUUGGUA